CCGAGAGCGCCAGGGCGCGCGCCCGCGCUCACGUGACCGCGUCUCCGGGGGCCGCUCCGGAGCGCAAUGGCGGCCGCCGGGGCCGAGCCGGGUUCUGACCCCGCAGCAGCAGGCGGUGUCCGGUUCUUCUGCACCGCGGGCCGCGGCCUGGAGCCCUUCCUGAUGCGGGAGGUGCACGCACGGCUGGAGGCCACGCAGGUUGAAUAUAUUUCAGGAAAAGUGUUCUUCACCACCUGUUCGGAUCUGAGCUCAAUGAAGAAGUUGAAGUCAGCAGAAAGACUGUUCCUGUUGAUUAAGAAGCAGCUUCCAAUUGCAGCUCCUUCUCUGCGCAAAGGAAAAAUACUAAAUGAAAUGCAGAGACUUAUAAAUGAUGAUCCAGGAAGUUGGCUGAAGGCCACUUCACUGUGGAAAAAACUUCUUGAACAAGAUACAAAAGGAGAAAAAGUUUCUCAGAGGAAUACUAACCCACUAAAGCGAAAAGUGGGAGAAGAUGAGAUUGUCAGUGCUAAGAAGUUAAAACUAGAGGGGAUAGAGCUGGCUGAAGAGAGUCACAGGGAAGGCCAGCGGGACAGACUUCCCGAAGACUCACGGGAGCAGGGCGAUGCUCUCACUGAAGCCGACGGGCUUCAGGAACAAGGACUCCAGAAUGACAUGGCGAAGGCAGCUGACACUCAGAGCCAGGAGGACCUGACCUUCAGGGUUUCCUGUCGCUGCAGCGGGAAUAUGGGAAAGGCCUUCACUGCACAGCAGGAUCGUCUCCUUUCCGUACUUUUCGGGCCAACUCCAGUUGGAGGAAGUAUGUCUGCGUGGGUCCAGCAGCCUGCUUCGACUCGGCAGCCAAAUGAGGCAGAAAUGUCUCACCCGAACUGGAGUCACGUGGCCAGGGCUGAAGGAGUCAUUUGCAGUGAGAUUGCAGUGGCAUUCUCCAUGGUCUUCACAUGCGUAACAAAUACCUUUAUAAGAAAUUAUUUCUUAGAGUGCUAUGUGAAGAAGAUCUUCGUGCAUCUGAGUGACGCUUACUCUGUGGUGGGGAUUCCCCUGUUCAGAGUUCCUUUGGCCAGCAGAACUUAUAUCCAGACAGCUGGGCUGCGGUCGACCAUCGCAUGGGCCAUGGCAUCUGUUGCGGAAAUUAAGGCUGGGGCGCUGGUUCUGGACCCCAUGUGUGGCCUUGGGACCACACUUGUGGAAGCUGCUGAGGAGUGGCCAGAUGUAUAUUACAUGGGUGCUGAUGUCAGCGACACGCAGUUACGUGGUGCAGGUGACAAUCUGAAGGCCGCAGGCCUCACGGACAAGAUUGACUUACUUAAAGCGUCUGUCACAGAGUUACCACUGCCGUCACAAAGCGUCGAUGUUAUUAUUUCUGACAUUCCAUUUGGGAAAAAAUUCAAGUUAGGAAAAGACAUCAAAAGCAUCCUACAGGAAAUGGAAAGGGUGCUGUGUGUUGGUGGAGCCAUGGUCUUGCUGCUCAGUGAGGAUCACCACAGGCACCUUAGAGACUGUGGAGGCAACAGCAUCCCCCCGACUUCCCAGGGCAACAUCACUGACCCGGAGAUGAGGAUGCUUCUGAAUCCUGACAAAAGAUCUGGUACAUCAGACACAGCAUUGCCUUCACAGAAAGCUGGUAGCUCCCAGUGCCCAAGCAGAGUGGUCCCCUGUGGCUCCCUGGUGCCGGUGGAGUGCUUCAAAGUUAGCCUUGGAAAAACAGAUGCAUUCAUAUGUAAAUAUAAAAAGGCACCUGCUUCUGGACUGCCUCCAGCUGGAUGCCAUGAGCCAGGUGCACAUCCUGAGAUGGCAACCCUGCCAGAAUCCCCCAGUCUCCAGGAUUCCCUAUAGCCCCAGAGCGCCAAGUGCAAAGCCUCUGCAGAGGGAUGUGGCCAAGGAACACACUGGUUGAAUAAAGCUUCCUGCUCUCCAGUACUCGGUGUUCUUGACAAGACCAGCUGCUGAAGAUUUGAAAAGAUUGAGUGUAAAAACUACUUCAUCCCAGAAAUCAAACUUUUAGAAACGAGGAAACCUUUAUGUGUAACUUUUUUUAUAUAUUAAACUUGAUUUUUUUAACUUAUAA